AUGGCUCGCCUUAGCAACGUCGCUGUCGUUGUUCCCCUUCCUUCCUUCGACAUAGAUCCCCUCAGGAACUUCGACGAAGGGUUCUUCGACCGUACUGUUGAUUCCAUCCUCUCUGAGGAAGUGAGCAUCGAAGAAUCGCAUGAUGAAACGACGGACAAAAUGGCGGACAAUACCGGCAUCUCGAGUUCAUAUGGAAAUGACGGCGCGUCAGACCCCAUAAGUGAUGAUCGUCGUAGCAAAGUGACCAAGUCGCCGCAUUUUUCCACCCCAUCGGCCACUACACCUGCGGAGGCGAGACAACGGAAGUUGAAGUCGUCCUCUAGGAUCAGGAAAAACGUCACGGUGGAUGAUCUCAAUACCGAUGAUGACGAUCUUCCGCAAACUCAUUCCGAGGAAGCUAUCGAGAUUGAGCCGGGCGAUAAACCUGCUGCACCUAUCGACAACACCAAUUCUGACGAAAAGGUGGUUGUUGAGAACGAAGGCACGACUGAAGACAUGAUUUUCGCCUCUGUAGAUCCAGAAAAGCAGAUUGAAGUACUGCAGUUUAUUGCAUCACAUUCGUUCAUGACGAGUCAAUCCCAACCCGUCCGACGUUCAGCCAGGCUAAAAUUCACCGGCCAAGUCCGCGAGAUCGCUGCGAAAGCCGGGCUAGACGAGGCGGGCAUUGAUGCAUUGAUCCAACUUGUUCGAAAGACUUAUCUUGAAGACCGGGGGAUUCCAGUAUCCGAAGAUGCCGGCUCAGCGUUUGGGGAUGAAGUCCAUGGCGAGGAAGGUUCACGCCCCAAGAGCUCGAAACGCAAACGGACCAGGAGCAGCUUGGAUCACCCGGAGGACAAGGAAAUCAAGAAAAACAAGAAGAGUCAGAAGGAUAAGCACAGACGUCACAGUCAUGAUGGUGUUCCGCAUGAUGAGCUGGCCGUGGCUGUGGAAGCACCGGUCCCAACAGAGGUUCCAGCAGAGGUCCCAGCCGAAGGCAAGGCCGAGGUUUUGGCUCCGGUAGAUGAGCCGAUGCAUGAGCAGGACGACACAUUCGAUAUUCCGAAUAUGUCUACCAAGGCUACGCCGGGCAGCCCCAGUACAUCAUCCUUGAUUGUUGACUUGACCCAAUCUCCGCCCCCUGAGGAGGGAAAUACUCCCCUUGACGUGUCAGCUGAAGCAGGUUCGGUUGAUGCUCCGUCAACUUCGAAUUCUGAGCAAGCAGUAUCACAUGAGCAAAAGCGAUCGAAACGCCGUGCGUCGAUCAAUGAGUCGCGAAAAGAGAAGAACAAGCGCAAACGCGAACGCAGAAAGGAGCGCAAAAAGCGCGUCAGCUUAGGUGUACAGACAGGUCGACAAGAGGAGUCCGUCGACACAGAAGAACACGUCGUGCCUUCUACUCCACCAAAAUCUCCAGAAAACCCACAGAGGCUUAAUGAUAAUAUGAGUUCAAGUGAUGAGGUUCAGUCAAAGUAUUUUCUGGGAGUUCACAAAACCGAAGUCGUUCGGCCAAGGAAAAGGCAGAGGAUGUUGUCUUCACUACAUGCUACAUCGCUCCCCCUUGAAACCCAAGAGCUAUUAAAAGAGAUGAAUUUGCCCCCGGAGUUCUUGUCUUCGGAUUCUUCCCUAACUGAUGCGAGUGAUUGUGAUUCCGAUUGGGAAGAUCUAUCUGAUCACUCUUCCAAUCCUCAUGUCAAGUUGUCGCCGCCCAAAAGCCCCCGUCAUGUGUCCGAAUCUCCAGAUAUCAACCCCCAGACCCCUGUUAAAAACGUCUCUUUCCUUGUUCCAGAACCAAUCAAGACUCCACAGAUCAGAGCCCCGAAGCUUUCUCCUUACUUUCCACGUGUGCAAGUCGACCCUGAAUCUUGUCUUCCAUUCCCCCCAAUCGACGCACCUUCUUUUGGACUUAUCCAGGAACAGCUUGCGCAUGACCCCUUUCGUUUACUCAUUGCAACCAUCUUUCUCAAUCGUACCCGGGGUGGAGUCGCCCUACCUGUCUUGUUCAAAGUCUUUGAACGAUACCCCACAAUCGAGGCGAUGGCAGAAGCAGAAUCUUCGGAAUUGGUAUCGAUGAUCAACUGUCUGGGAUUUCAAAAUCAACGCGCAAGGAAAUGCAUCACACUCGCCAAAACCUGGUUGUCCAACCCCCCGGAUAAACGCAAAAGAUACCGCAAGCUCCACUACCCGCAAAAGCUGGACGGCCGAAACGUUGGUCGCGAAGAAUGUAUUGACGAAGAAGACCUGCGUGUCGGUUGGGAGAUCGCACAUCUCCGGGGCAUUGGAGCCUAUUCCCUUGAUAGCUGGCGAAUCUUCUGUCGUGAUGAGUUGCGCGGCAAGGCCUCUGACUGGAAAGGGACGAAUGCCACCGAGGUGGGGUUUGUGCCGGAAUGGAAAUGUGUUCUGCCACAGGACAAGGAGUUACGCGCCUAUCUUACUUGGAUGUGGCUCAAGGAGGGAUGGGUUUGGGAUUACAACACGGGUGAUUUGACGGCUGCGAGUGACAAGACGAUGAGAGCUGCGCAAUAUGGCGGGGUUGCUCGUGAGGAAGAAGGGAAUUGGGUGCUCGAGACAUCUCCAAUAAAGGCUGGGAAUGGCUUGCAUGCGGAUUGA